CCUUUAAAACAUCUUUUCAAACCAAAAAAAUAAAAUAAAAUAAAGAACUCUAUGUAUAUAUACAUAUUAAGAGUAUAGCCGCCCGGCUAUACUCUUUAAAUAUAUUUCCGGAAAAAUAAGGAGGACCGCCUAGGCGGCCGCCUAGCGCCUACCACCUCUCAAGUCAACCAACCUCAUCUUGAUUCUUGGGAUAGAGAUAAGUAAGAAAAAAAUGGAAGACACGACAUGGGAGCAAAGGCUCCAUGCCUUAACUCAUGUCCUAAUCAACCCAACAACCACACCACCUCUUCACUCUCAGUUCUUCAUCUCCACCCAAAUCCCAUGCUACCUAAACUGGGACUACCCACCAGUCCUCUGCACCAAAUCCACCUUCCCUCCUAUCCAUCUACAAUGGGGCCUCUCUCUCUUCCUCAAAAGGGUCUCCAGAUUUGGGUUUCCUGAGACUUCUUGGAGGUCCAAAUGCCCUUAUCACCUGCCCCCGCCAUUGAUUCUUGCAAAAGGAAUAGAGGAAGCUCAGUGGGGUGAUGAGCAGAGGAGAGAGAAUUUUAGGAAGAGGAUGAGAAGAAAACGCCUUGGGGGUGAUGUUAAUCCUGUGCUUCCUAUUUUGGUUCCCAAUCUCUUGUUGCUUUCUCUUCUGUUUUGGAACCCAUUUCUUUAAAUUAAAAGUGGUUCCUGUUGUUAACAUCUUAUCUUACUCUUCUUGUAUCUGGGUCUUUGAGAAAUCUAUGUUUUAUUAUUAAUGCUUC